AUGGCGAGGGGCAUGGAAUCGCUGCAAGCGGAAGUGACAACACUGAAGGAGGAAAACGCCGAGCUACGCCGGACGCGAGGUGAAGCGCGUCAGACGUCGCCUGUGGACGAAGGCGAGGGCAACAGUCAAGUGAUGGGCAAUCCUCUGGACGAGCUCACACGUGACUUCGAAGAAGAAGAUAGGCAGCGAGCGGCAGCAGCACCAGUUGCAGUCACGACGAUCAAAAUCAAGCCCGUCAACCCGCCCCCGUUCAAUCCUACGGAUAAAGCGGUUACGGUAAAAGGGUGGCUGUUCGGGGUUGAGGUUUUCUUCACUGCAGCCGGAGUUAAUGACGAUGCCACGCGCAUUAAUUACGCAGUCUCGCUUCUUCGAGGUGCAGCACUUGAAUGGUGGCGCCGGACCUUGGAAACAGGGACGCCGACAGGUGUGACACAUGCGGCAGACGGGACCUCUACAGUGGUUAAUCAAGUUGCAGAACCAAUCUUCGGUGUGACCAAGAUACGCACAUGGAAGGAGUGGGGCGCAGCCUUACGGGAUCGCUUCGAGCACGUAUCCGCCUCGGAGCAAGCUCGCAUGAAGCUGCGUGCAUGGUCGCAGAUGGGAUCUGUCCAAGACUACACGGCGUCAUUUAUGGGCUUCGCCGACCAAAUCGAUGACAUGUCGGAAGCUGAGCGGUUGGAUAAAUACGUGAGCGGCCUUAAGUACGAGAUACAGUUCGAAGUUCGCCGCAGCCGCCCGACAUCGUUCCUCGAAGCAGUACGCGUGGCAGAGUCAACGGAUGCGCUGAUGCAGUACGCGAGAACGGCUUCCAGGGAUGGGAGAGGUUUUCGUGGCCAGACCCAUCGGGCCACAAUCAACGCCGUCCAUACACCCGACCGCCCUCCUAAGGGUCAGUGUUUCCGGUGUGGGAAGGUGGGUCACUGGAAGAACGAAUGCAAGGAGAAAAUGCCGCUGACAGAGAACGACAGGAAGGAGCAGGGAAAUGGGAAGAGUCAGUAA